CGCAAGCGCCAUGCAGGACCGUUGGGCACCUUGACUGGGAGGGAAGAGUGUUUAAAUUUAAUUUAGGCCGUGUUAGUCAUUGUGUUUGUUGUAAUAUUGCAGAAUGUGAUUUGUAAUACUAGUAUUCUUUUAAAGUUUAGUUGAUGAAUGUUGAAGAAGUUAAAAAGGGAUUUAUAAGAUUAGUGUAAAUGACUGGUUAAUGAUCAGGACACACCCAAUCGGCCGAAUAGCCGGUUUCCGCGUUGACUUUAUGACUGAAGUUUCUGAAAACUGGAACAACCAGAAAACCUCAUGCGGGAUGUCGAGAACUCUUCUUUCAAAGACUACUGGAAACUUUCACCUCCCGUUGAAAGCGCUUUAGUGCUAUGACUGGGCGUCGGAUCCAGGCGACAGCAACACCUCCGGCUGUGUGGCAGCCGGAGCGAUAACCUGAAUGCUGCGCUCCAGCUUCUCGACCACACAUCCGGGGAGCAGGUUUUGCUACGACUAAAGGCUGUAUCUUCACCCUCCCGACCAGGAGCUGCCUGAGGGAGGGCCACCCAGCAUGAAGGAGAAGAACGACAUUGAGGACACAGCUGCAUUAUCACCAAAAUUUACUUUCAAUCCUAAGGAAGGGAUAGAUAAUCCUGCCUUGGUCAUAAAUGAAGACAUUGAAUUGUCAGUCCUCAUCAAGCCCAGAAUAUGUGUCUUGACCAAGAAGGACAAUGAGGUGUUUGGCUUCUACUUGCGAGCUGAAAAGAGGAAGCAAGGACACAUCAUCCGACAAGUGGAGCCCGGAAGCUACGCUCAGCUCGCUGGGCUCUAUGAUGCCGACAGGGUGCUGGAGAUCAAUGGAGAGUUUGUGGAUAACAUGGAACAUUCCAAGGUUGUAAGCAAAAUAAAGCGGAGUGGCAACCAAGUCACUUUCCUGGUGGUUGAUGGAGCCGCCUAUGAAGACGCAAAAAUGCAGAAUUUGGAUUUUGCAGAAAUUGUACAGGCUGAACAUGGAACUCCGUAUGGUAAACCACGACUCUGCUAUGUAGAAAAAACUCCCAGUGGAUUUGACUUCCAGUUGUGCUCUCAUGACGGUGUCAAAGGUCAAUUUACUUUGAGCAUCCAACCUGGGGGAGCUGCUGAAAAAGGUGGACUUCAGAUGGACGAUAGACUCAUUGAAGUUAAUGGAGUCAAUAUUGAGGGAUGCACACAUCUACAAGUUGCCAGAAAGAUUAAGGAGAGUGGAGACUCAGUGACAUUCCUCGUGGCUGAUCAGAAGACGGAUGCUUACUAUAGAGAUAAAGGCAUCAAGAUCAUUCCAGCCAUGGCCUGCUUGAAGCACUUGCCAUUCAGGACAAGGAAACUUUACUUAGUGAAAGGGAGUUGUGGCUACGGAUUCCUACUGAAAACUGAGAAAACAGCUUCAGGGACACUUGGUCAGUAUUUGUCAGAAGUCGACGCUGGAAGCCCAGCUGAGAAGUGUGGGAUGCAGGAAGGAGACCGUUUGCUAAGUGUUAACGGAGAGAAUAUUGAAGGGCUAGAUCAUGGUGCUGUAGUGAAGAAAGUCAGACAGGGUGGAAAUCAGGCUACCUUUGUUGUCAUCAGCUCCGAAGGAGACAAGUACUUCACAUCUCUGGGUUUGUCUCCUUUGAUUUGCGAUGAUGAAGAACAAGUGAACCCGAAGCAGACAACAGAAGGUCAAAGCAAGGAACAUCCACCACUUCAGCCAGCGAGUCCUUCUCCAUCCCAGGUGGCGGGAGAAAGAAAGUCUGUUCCCAAACCGAGGCUUUGCCAUUUGGUGAAAGGUUCCAAAGGAUAUGGCUUUCAACUCUACAGUAUCACUGAUGAACCAGGAGCAUACAUCCAACAGGUUCUACCUGACGAAGUGGGAUACAACGCAGGAAUCAGGACCGGUGAUAUAGUGAUUGAGGUAAAUGGAAAGAAUAUAGAGAAAGUCCAUUACGAGGAUGUUCUUCUGAGAAUAAAAGAAAAUGAGGACAAAGUGACUCUCCUUGUCAUGAAUAAAGAUGAAUAUUGGCACUGCAAGGAUAACAACAUCCCAAUUAGCAAAGAGCCGGACAGUGAAGACAAUGAACUGAAAACAACCAGGAAUCCAGAUAAAGGUAUUUUCUCCAGCUUUAACACUAAGAAUAGAAGCAGAAGAAACAGCAGUGGCCAUCCUGUUAACAAGCUCAGGAUAUCAGGAAGAUUGAAGAAGAAUACUUAAAUUGGGUUCCAGACUGCAAGACAGUAAAUUAUUUUGGUAAAGUUUUGUGAUUUAAUAAAGUAUUCCAAGCAGCCAUUUCCUUGUCUCUCCUGUUGUAAACAACACAUGCAAAGAAAUGCACUGCACUUUAUUAAUCCUUUGGAGUACUUAGAUGGGGAGAGUACUGGAUGGUGCUUUACAAGUGAAGGAAAGAAAGCACUUCUCAUCUAAAUUUCAAAUGCUUCCUUUUAUUAAAAGGACAAUUAAUCGUCAUGGUUCAAAUGUUAAACAAUCUUAAAACAGGGAUUAUCCAAUCAGUUAGAGAAAAUUGUCAGUGUUUCUUAAUGUUUGUGCACUUGAAUAUUAAGAAUGAAAAAUGCCAAUCUUAAGUUUGUCAGGCAGAUAGGUGCUCCUUGCCUAUCAGGAGUGAACAGAUGUUAUUCUAUUUCUACUGACACAUUUCUUACAGUUUGUUGGUAUUUCUGAUAACAGUCACUUCAGCAAUAAAUAAAUAAAUAAAGAAGUGUGUAUCUUGAGCCAAUGUAAUGGUAUAUGAAAGCUCAUUUUAGUAUCAGGUACUCCAUAAACAGUUAUUUUGUAUUUCAAGUAUAUAUAUCAAUUUUGUUACACAUUGUAACAUUGUGCUGCUCAGUAUUUGACCAACUAGUGUCAAGCUGAUGGAGAGGGCAGUGAUAAAUCAUUGGAUUAUUGUUAUUUUUAUUGUUAGAGAGGCUUAGAAGUCAGAAAGAAGCCAUUUUACUCAUUGUAUUAGUUCUUUUCAAGAACAAUCCACAGCUGGCCUUACUGUGCAAAACUAUAUUCAUCUCACCAAUUUGCCCUUCAACAAAAUAACAAUGACAGAUCAUUCCCAUGUGAAUGUAACGUACUGGGCUAGGAUUUUAAGAGGCACUGAAUAACUGCCAAGCCUCACACAAGAUAGCACCAUUGUUCACUCCAAAAUCACUAAAAAAUUAAUUACAGUAUAAUUGAUUCUGAAGAUAUCACCUUGAGAACUAUUGUUAUUUAAAAAAACUGUAAUAUUUCAAUAAAGUUUUAAAGUUUUGAAAAUUA